GAUCACCUUCUCCAUCCCAGCUUCUUUUAUCGCAGUCAAAAUGGCCAUUCAGACCCCGACCAGACUCACCGCCCGCUUCAUCAAGCGUACUUCCUUCCCGACCUCUAACCAGUGGCGGAGGCAAUUCAGCGCUGCCCGGCCAGCUUUCAAGGAGAUUCAGGAUGCGUACAUUCUGAGUGCGGCUCGGACGCCAACUGCAAAGUUCAACGGCUCGUUCGUCUCCGUAUCCGCCCCCCAACUCGGCGCCGUCGCCAUCAAGUCCGCCAUUGAAAAGUCAAGCGUUCCAGUGGAGAAAAUCACCGAUGUGUACAUGGGCAAUGUCCUCCAAGGCUCAGUCGGGCAGGCCCCGGCUCGCCAGGCCUCGAUCUUUGCCGGUCUCUCGCCAAAUGUCGAGUCCGUGACGGUGAACAAGGUCUGCGCGUCGGGUCUCAAGGCAGUGGUGUUUGCGGCGCAGAAUAUCCAGCUUGGGCUUGCUGAGGCCCAGAUUGCAGGUGGAAUGGAGAGCAUGUCUCGUGUGCCGUACUAUCUCCCGCGUUCUAGCCAGCUGCCUCCAUUUGGAGAGAUCAAGUUGGAAGAUGGUCUGAUCAAGGAUGGACUGUGGGACGUCUACAACCAGUUCCACAUGGGCAUCUGUGCGGAGAACACGGCAAAGAAGUAUGAGAUUUCGAGGGAGAUGCAGGAUGAGUAUGCCAUUGCGUCAUACGAGCGGGCACAGAAGGCCUGGGCUGAGAACAAGUUCGCCGAGGAGAUUGCGCCAGUGACCGUUAAGAGCAAGAAGGGCGACACUGUCGUUGAGCGUGACGAGGGUUAUGAAAACCUGCGGGCUGAUAAGCUGAGGACUCUCAAGCCUGCGUUCCUGAGGGACGGCACGGGUACCGUGACUGCUGGGAACGCUUCAACUAUGAACGACGGUGCAUCCGCCCUCGUUCUGGCGAACAAGGAGCUCGCCCGCGAGUUCGGUGCCGGAAAGCGCGCCCUCGCCCGCAUUGUCUCCUCCGCCGAUGCGGCUAUUGACCCAGUGGACUUCCCCGUCGCGCCCGCGAAGGCCGUCCCCAUCGCUCUCGAGAGGGCGGGUAUCACCAAGGACCAGGUCGCUGUAUGGGAAUUCAACGAGGCCUUCGCUGCCGUCAUCGAGGCCAACAAAAAGAUUCUCGGUCUGGAAGGUGCCCGUGUCAACGAGCUCGGAGGUGCCAUUUCUCUCGGCCAUGCCCUUGGUAGCUCAGGCUCCCGUAUUCUGACGACGCUUCUGCACCAGCUGCAGGCUGGCGAGUAUGGUGUUGCUGCCAUCUGCAAUGGUGGCGGCGCUGCAACUGCGGUUGUUGUGCAAAAAUUGGACCGAGUGGAUUAAUUGAUGAAUGUUUUUAGCAGCGUGCAUUGGCAUUGUAUAUAUCCUAUGAGGCAUUGACAAUAAUAUA